AUGGAUGACGUUGAAAAAGCAAUACUUAUAAGUUUUGAUGAAUCGGGCGCUAUAGAUUCAGCUCUAAAAUCACAAGCAGUCUCUUUCUGUCAGCAAAUUAAGGAAACCCCAACUCUAUGCCGUCUUUGCAUUGAGAAGUUGUGUUUUUGCCGGCUUGUUCAGGUUCAGUUUUGGUGUUUACAGACUUUACAUGAGGUUAUUAGGGUUAAAUAUGCUUUGUUGGGUUUAGAAGAGAAGGACUUCAUUAGGAAAUCUGUGUUUUCUAUGUGUUGUUUUGAGGCUAUUGAUGAUCAGAAUAAUAAUGCUGUAAGGAUUUUAGAGGGCGGUCCUGCAUUUAUAAAGAAUAAACUUGCUCAGGUUUUUGUUACUUUGGUUUAUUUUGAGUACCCUUUAAUUUGGUCUUCGGUGUUCGUUGAUUUUUUGCCUCAUUUGAGAAAAGGGGCGGUGGUCAUUGAUAUGUUCUGUAGGAUUUUGAAUGCUUUGGAUGAUGAAUUGAUUAGUCUAGAUUACCCACGGACACCUGAGGAGAUGGGGGUUGCAGGGCGGGUUAAGGAUGCUAUGAGGCAGCAAUGCAUAGCGCAGAUAGUCAAAGUUUGGUAUGACAUUGUAUCUAUGUAUCGGAAUUCUGAUCCAGACCUUUGUUCUAGUGUGUUAGAUUCGAUGAGGAGGUAUAUUUCGUGGAUUGAUAUUGGGUUGAUUGUGAAUGAUCUAUUUAUUCCGUUAUUAUUUCAGCUGGUUUUAGUUGAUGGGGGAUCUGAGCAGCUUCAAGGUGCUGGUGCUGGGUGUCUUUUGGCUGUGGUUUCCAAGCGGAUGGAUCACCAAUCGAAGUUAUCAAUAUUGCAGAGUCUUCAGAUAAAUAGGGUUUUUGGGUUGGUAACUGGAGAUAGUGACUCGGAGUUGGUGUCAAAAGUAGCUGCAUUGAUUACCGGGUAUGCUGUUGAGGUUCUGGAGUGCUAUAAACGAGUGAAUACAGAAGAUGCUAAGGGUGUUUCUCUGGAGCUUUUGAAUGAAGUUUUGCCAUCAGUUUUUUUCGUAAUGCGGAACUGCGAGGUGGACACCUCAUUUAGUACUGUGCAAUUUCUUUCGUGUUAUGUUGCCACUAUGAAGAGCCUUUCUCCAUUGAGGGAGAAACAACUGCAUCAUGUGAGGCAGAUAUUGGAAGUGAUUUGUGUGCAAAUUCGUUAUGAUCCUAUUUACCGUGACAAUCUUGAUAUGCUGGAUAAGAUUGGGAGAGAGGAGGAAGAAAGGAUGGUGGAAUUUAGAAAGGACUUAUUUGUGCUGUUACGUAGUGUGGGUCGCGUGGCCCCAGAUGUCACUCAAAUAUUUAUUGGAAAUUCUUUAGCCAGUUCUAUCUCAUCUGUGUCAGAGAGAAAUGUUGAAGAGGUAGAAGCUUCUCUUUCUCUUUUGUAUGCACUUGGAGAGUCAUUAAGUGAUGAGGCCAUAAAAACUGGAAGUGGACUGUUGAGUGAAUUGGUGCCAAACCUCCUCUCGACAAGGUUUCCGUGCCAUUCAAAUAGGUUAGUUGCACUUGUGUAUUUGGAGACUAUAACUAGAUAUAUUAAGUUUGUUCAAGAGAAUACCCAUUAUGUCCCCAUGGUCUUGGCUGCAUUUCUGGAUGAGAGAGGAAUACACCACCCUAACUUCCAUGUGAGUCGUAGGGCUAGUUAUCUGUUCAUGAGGGUUGUGAAAUUGCUGAAAGCAAAGCUUGUGCCUUUCAUAGAGUCAAUUUUGCAGAGCCUCCAAGAUACAGUAGCUCGGUUUACAACCAUGAAUCAUACAUCAAAUGAGUUUUCAGGAUCCGAAGAUGGUAGCCACAUCUUUGAGGUUUCUUAUGAUACUUGUCGUGACUAUUCACAGGCAAUUGGUCUAUUAAUUGGGAUGGAGGAUGUACCAUCGGAAAAGCAAUCUGAUUAUCUAUCUUCACUGCUCACUCCUCUUUGUCAUCAGGUUACGGUGGAGAUAUUACUCAUUAAUGCCAAUGUACUGAAUCCAGAAGAAUCUCCAGUGAAAAUUGCUAACAUUCAGCAAGUAAUCAUGGCAAUUAAUGCACUCAGCAAGGGUUUUAGUGAGCGCCUGGUAACCGCAAGUCGCCCUGCAAUAGGAGUCAUGUUUAAGAAGACAUUGGAUGUUCUCCUCCAAAUACUUGUUGUAUUUCCAAAGAUAGAGUCUUUACGAAAUAAGGUUACAUCCUUCAUUCAUCGUAUGGUAGAUACUUUAGGAGCAUCUGUAUUUCCUUACCUUCCAAAGGCAUUGGGACAAUUGCUUGCAGAAAGUGAGCCAAAGGAAAUGGUUGGUUUUCUUGUUCUGCUCAAUCAGCUUAUAUGCAAAUUCAACACCGCAGUGCAUGACAUAGUGGAGGAAGUUUUUCCAGCUAUUGCUGGUAGAAUAUUUAGUAUAAUCCCAACUGAAGUACUGCCUUCAGGACAUGGAACCAAUUCUGAGGAAAUUCGUGAAUUACAAGAACUCCAGAAAACAUUUUACACGUUUCUUCAUGUGAUAACUACACACGAUCUAUCUUCAGUCUUCCUUUCACCCAAGAGUAGGGGCUACUUGGAUAAAAUGAUGCAGUUGCUACUGCACUCAGCUUGUAAUCACAAGGAUAUUCUUAUGAGAAAGGCAUGCGUUCAGAUAUUCAUUAGAUUAAUUAAAGACUGGUGUACAAGACCUUAUGGUGAAGAAAAGGUACCCGGUUUCCAAAGGUUUAUAAUCGACGGCUUUGCAACGAAUUGUUGUUUUGACAGCGCGCUUGACAAAUCCUUUGAGUUCCAUGAUGCAAAUACUCUCAUUCUGUUUGGAGAAAUUGUACUCGCUCAGAAGGUUAUGUAUGAGAAGUUUGGUGAUGAUUUUCUUGCUCAUUUUGUAACAAAAUGCUUUACUUAUUGCCCUCGAGAUUUAGCUGCACAAUAUUGCCAGAAGUUGCAGGGUAAUGAUAUGAAGGCAUUGAGAUCAUUCUACCAGUCACUGAUGGAGAAUUUACGACUGCAACAGAAUGGAAACCUUGUUUUCAGAUAA